AUGAUACACCCCAAGGACUGGCAGAAACCCUUGGGGAUAUUGCUUUACUUUUUUCUUUCUCUUUCUUCUUUUGUCAAUGGAGGAUCCAUAUUCAAUAUCAAGGAUGUCGAAGCCCAGGCUUUUGCCUUCGAUCUUGGCGGGGUCGAAUUGGCUCAAGACAGAUUUUUGGAAAACCAGGACCGUACCCUUAGAUAUUUGAAAGAGAUAGAUGUCGACAGACUACUGUAUGUCUUCCGCAUAACCCACGGACUGUCGACACAGCAAGCAACGCCGAACGGUGGCUGGGAUGCUCCGGACUUCCCGUUCCGUUCGCACGUUCAGGGUCAUUUCCUCAGUGCCUGGGCUCAAUGCUAUGCUGUGCUCCGCGAUCAAACAUGUUAUGACCGAGCCACCUAUUUUGCAACUGAGCUGGCAAAGUGUCAGGCCAACAACAAGGUCGCUGGUUUCACCGACGGAUAUGUAUCUGGGUUUCCAGAAUCAGACUUCUCAAAACUCGAGAACGGCACCCUGACAAAUGGCAAUGUACCGUAUUAUGCGGUGCACAAGACUCUUGCGGGUCUCCUGGAUGUCUGGCGCUUGACAAACGACACCACCUCUCGCGAUGUUUUGCUAUCUUUAGCCAGGUGGGUCGACAAACGUACCGAAUCCUUCACUUACGAUGCCAUGCAAAAGAUGUUACAAACAGAAUUCGGCGGUAUGAACGACGUCAUGGCUGACCUCUACCAUCAAACUGGUGACGAGAAAUGGCUUACUGUUGCCCAACGCUUUGAUCAUGCCAUUGUAUUCGACCCCCUUGCCGCUAACAAAGAUGAGUUCGACGGUCUACACGCAAACACUCAAGUACCAAAGUGGAUCGGGGCUGCUCGCCAAUAUAAAGCCACCGGAGAUCCUCGCUACUUGGAUAUUGCCCGCAACGCCUGGGAUAUUAAUGUCCAAUCACACACGUACGCCAUCGGCGGUAACAGUCAAGCCGAGCACUUCCAUGCUCCAAAUGCCAUUGCCGCUUAUCUUGACAAGGACACAUGUGAAGCAUGCAAUUCUUAUAACAUGCUCAAGCUGACCCGCGAGCUGUGGCUAUUGGAUUCCGAAAACUCGAAAUAUUUUGAUUUUUACGAGAAUGCCUUACUUAACCACCUGCUAGGUCAGCAGAACCCUGAUAGCCACUUUGGCCACGUCACGUACUUCACUCCUCUCAAUGCUGGAGGUCGUCGGGGUGUUGGUCCCGCCUGGGGUGGCGGUACUUGGAGUACAGACUACGACUCAUUCUGGUGUUGUCAAGGAACGGCCCUCGAAACAAACACCAAGUUGAUGGACUCUAUCUACUUCUAUAAUGAUUCGACGUUGUUCAUCAACUUAUUCAUGUCUUCCGUCUUGACAUGGCGCGAGAUGGGCAUUACCUUGAAGCAAUCUACGACUUAUCCAGUCGGCGAUACAUCAAAACUGGAAGUCUUCGGCAGUGGUGACUGGACGAUGAAGAUUCGCGUUCCUGCAUGGGCAACAAGCGCAGAGCUGAGACUGAAUGGAGAAGGUUUACCUAAUGUUAAAGCGCAACCCGGAACAUACGCGCAAAUAACGCGCAAGUGGGCUGAUGGCGAUGUCAUCGAGAUCCGUUUCCCCAUGAGUCUGCGUACGGUGGCUGCAAAUGACAAUUCUAGCAUGGUUGCAAUUGCAUAUGGGCCAACCGUCUUAUGCGGUAAUUACGGCAACCAAGAACUGAGCAGUACUCCUACCCUCGCUCUUGACUCUAUCAGACGCGCUGGGGAUUCUAGUCUUGAAUUCACCUCCAUCGCCGACAGAAAGGAUAUUAAACUAAGUGCUUUCUACGAUGCUCAGGGAUACAAUUACAACGUGUACUGGAGUAUCACAGGAAGUCUCCACGCUAGGUAG